AGGAGGAUGCAGCCAGUCUGUUUCGGUUGUUGAAAGUCGUCGGAUGUGUUGGGAGUUUGCUCCUAAACGUCAACCGGUUUCCAGAGAAGUGUGUCAAAGCCGAUGUAACGUGUUUCUGUGCGUCCAUAAUCAACAUAGCUGUGUCUUCGGAGCUCGGAUACGGCCCUCGUGGACGAAAAAGAUGCCUGUGCGGUAGUGAUCGUGGCCUCGAAGCGAGUCCUUUUACGGCGGGGACGAGGAUCGAAAGCGGUGACCCUCCUUCGCCAUCCUCGACUUUGGCCCGCGGACACGAAAGGCGCCCACCGCCUAGGGAGCAACGGGGAACGACCACGAAGAGGGAAAAACGAAGAGAACGAGAUCCGAAGGAGAAACGUCGAAAACUAGACGCUAACCACCAGGUAUCGAGCGCGAUGAAAUAAACGAGAUGCCGAAGAGAACAUGGUACUCGGAAGAAUACUCGAACGAGCAAACUCUCUAGGGUGAUAAAAUAGAAAAAUACCGCGUGAAUGACGAAUGAAUUCAGAAGAUUUCAGGAGAAAGAGGUAAAGAAGAAAAUAUCCAGAACAGUGUGGUAAGGUGUUUGUACGUUGUUCCCGCAGAGGAAUAAAUAAGCUAAAUGCCAGAUAAAAGAAGGAUAACAGAGAAGAAGAAGGAGAAGAAGGAAGGAUAAAGCGGCGGGUGUCUCGAGCGAAGGAAGCUGCUGUGAAGGAAAGGAAUGGGUGCCGGGAUGGGCAGGAGCGGCACGAGCGGCGGCUUCCUCGAGGCACUUCCUACGGGAACGCCGCUCCACGUGGCUAUGCUUGGCCUGGACAGUGCUGGCAAGACCACCGCGUUGUACAGAUUAAAGUUCGAUCAGUAUCUCAACACUGUGCCCACCAUAGGCUUCAACUGCGAGAGAAUCCGCGGUGGCAUCGGAAAAGCGAAAGGUGUAAAUUUCCUCGUAUGGGAUGUGGGCGGGCAAGAGAAAUUGCGACCAUUAUGGAAGUCGUACACCCGUUGCACCGACGGUAUUAUCUUCGUCGUCGACUCCUGCGACGCGGAACGGCUCGAGGAGGCGAAGAUGGAGCUGACCAGGACGGCCAGGAGCCCGGACAACGCUGGAGUACCUAUUUUGAUCCUGGCGAACAAACAGGAUCUGCCAGGUGCUAAAGAAGUUGGGGAGCUAGAGAAACAUCUGGGCGUUCUUGAACUGGCAGGAAUGCCAGGUAGCGCGUGCAUCAGAGUGCAACCAGCGUGCGCCAUCACCGGCGAGGGUCUCCACGAGGGUCUGGACACGUUGUAUCAGCUGAUACUGAAGCGGCGUAAGCUGGCGAAGCUGAACAGGAAACGGGCCAGGUAGGCCAGGGCUUCGGAGGACUGCACUUGCGUCUUCUGAUAUUGUAAGUCGCGGACAGUCUCUCCUUUGGACACAGCCACGCCUUCCACGGUGUCUUCUUCCUCGUCCUCUUCGUCCUGCUGCGACAGUCGCAUCAACGAGGCGUUUCAGUGAACUCUGUAUCGUUCACAUGGACUAUUCCGUUUGACGAGAUCGUUCUUAGACCAGUCUCGAAGCUGCACGCUGAUAAUCAAGCUCGUUUUUCCGAAGAGAGGAGUUUGAAGACAGUUCGUACGUUUGGAGGAGAGGUAGGAGGCUUUCUGUAGGUUCUAGAAAUGAUUCUGGACCUGCUGGCUAUUUUCCUGGAAAUUUAAAAAAGGUGCAAGAAGCCUGUAUUCCGAGAAGAAAGUUCAAGAACUGGUAGUUAUUGCAAGGAUACAAGGAACAGAGGGUCUAGAUGUUACUCUACACCUAAUGGCUACUUUUUGUCAAUCUAAAUGGGUGCAAGACUAUAGAAGAAACUUGAAAACCGAUAGUUAUCGCAGGGAUAUGGACAACAGAGGGUCUAGAUCUCAUUUUACACUUACUGGCUGCUUUUUAUCAAUCGGAAUGGGUGUAAGAGCCUAUCCUCCUUUGGAAAGGAAGGUCAAAAAUGAUAGUGAGGAUAUCUAGACCUCUUUUAUGGCUAUUCUCUGAAAGGCUGCAAACGAGCCUGUCCUCUGAAAAUGAAGUUCAAGGAUCGUAGGAUAAUAAAUGUAAGGAUUUAAACAAUUUUGCUACAGCAACUUGAGAAUAAUUCCUUUGAAACUCGGUUGCUGACCGGACGACAACGAAACAAAGUGCUUCUUCACUGUUCUAUAGAAGCUCUAUUUUGCCAAAAUUUCUCCAUCGCGAGACGUUCCUUGGGAAACUUUUUUAACGACGAAACCGACGAGUUUUAUUGGCUUUGUUGUCGAUAACGAGCUCGGUUUCGAGGUACCAGAGGCUGGAAACGUGUAUUUUGUUUUUCGUGGAAGAGGUCAAUAAGGAGUCGCGAUAACGAGGGAUCAUCGACGGCUUCGUUGUUGAUAACGAUGACGUUGGAUUGUAUUAAUAACGCUGACGCGGGUCCGGUUUAGACGGACCAAGAUACCGGAUGAUUGUUAACCCUUUGCACUCCACUUUUUUACUCCAUUUACUCUAUUACUAAUUAUGAUCCAUUCUUAUCUUUUUAAACUAUAUACACAUUCAUUAUUUCAAUAAUGAAGUUUACUGUAUCUUUUUUUACAGUAGUCAGAAUUGAUUGAAUUGCUUGAAAUCAGAAUGGUAAUAAUUAGGAUAUACAUAUAAUUAUUAUGCCUGGGAUAUAUUAUUUGGGGUGCAAAGGGUUAAACGUUAGACUAUUGCAUAAGUUCUAUCUAUACAAAUUUUCCAGUGUUACCAUUUCGGUAAUAGACGUAUAUUUUUUAAUAUAAUGGAACUAGAUAAACGAGUGUAUAGUGGACGUUUUUAUAUUUAGUUGAUACAUUGAAUAGUAAAUGUUAUACUAAAUUUUAAGACGUAAGACACGUACGAUAAACGGAACUUAUGCAUCAGUUUAAUGAGAAUGAUACACUGAUAGUCCAGAUGGAAGAAGAAAGAACCACAGACCUAUUUAAAUACCCCCAAAAUAGUCCGAAGAUAACAGUUCACUGACGGGCUCAACUUUUUCAAGUCACGAUAAGAUCAAAGACUUUGUAUUUGUAGAGAACUCUGAAUCGAUACUAUUAUCGAAGCAGCGAGUAGAUCUACGUAUCGUGAUUAUCAGUUUAUCGUAGACGACAAAUAGAGGUGAAUCGCGGACCCUAGGCGUUCCGAUAAUGACCGUGCCUCUCCAAUUUUUUGCACCUUUAUACAAGAGGGAGAAAAUGAUAAACGAUGCGUGAACAUGGCUUCUUCCUGACGGACGAAAUUUUUUGUAAAAAAGAAACGAAAAACUACAAAAAAAGGAACAUAGAACGAUGUGAUAAAAACCCUUUCCCAUUUUUCCCAAAUAUUUAGUACCAUUUUACGUGUGUAUCGUAUUUGCUGUAUCGUGCUAAAUGGAAGAACAAAUUCGAUGGAAUAAAACGAAUCGAUCGUUUUGAGCUUGAUCGAAAAAAAAAAGAAAAAAAAACAUAUCUCGUGAAAGUUCAAUGGUGCUGAUAUGUAUAUCUUUUUUUCAUUAGCAUUAGUAUUCAUUCGUUUGUUGAAGUUUGAUUAUCGAUUAAGGUGUUGAAUAUUUUUGCGACGUUUAGAGAAUCGUUUUUUAGGAAGAUGCUUUUUAAGCUGAUAGGGUUCGAAGUGUUCUUUUGGAAGAUUGCGCUCAGGUUUUAUCGGGAAUUUGUGGAGCUCAAAACGAUGGGUUGUUUUCCUGCCAGUGUGUUUUAUCUUUGUCGAGAUCCCUUCGACGCAUGCACUUCCGGUGCCGGCAAUUCUUAUCGACCCGAUGUGUUAUGGAGUACCUGUGAAUUUUCCAUUAUUUCAACUUACAAUUGCAAAUAUUUGAUUUGCAUUUAUUCAUAAUUCCUGUGUUAAUUAAUCAACGAUUAACAAGAAUCGCUAUCAGUUCCUGUAAUAUUCCUGGAAUCAUCGUGAUGAAUAAAAUAAAUAACGAUAUUCUUUCAAAAUCUUAAAUAAUUACAGAUGGUUCGAUAAAUGCUAAUUGAACACACGCACAAAAGAUAGCACAACUUUUUUCUUUCUUUUGCAAAAUAUCGUGUCUAAUUAUGGUGAUAAGAAUUGCUUCAUCUGAAAUGAAUGUUAUUGGAUCUGAAAUUGCAUUAGAUGAACAUCAUCUUAAAGGAGCGAUUAUAUUCGGUGUUCUCGUGGCUCUCCCUUCUUUCUUUCUACGUAUUUUAUUAUGGUUUCUUUAAAUACUACAGUUCUUCCAUAUUUGCCAGUUCUUCCCGUUUGAAAAAAGUCCCCUUCGCAAAGAAGAAAUUAGAAGGUGCAGAUCUUUUGGGAAAGGAGAAUCAAGUUGGGAAUGAAGAGAGGAAAUGAAACGUCGGAUGAGACAAUUUUACUCGUUAUUUAUCGCACUGCAUUGAUCGAUAUUAAACCGAGAAACGGGGGGCAAGGCGAGACCAGAAACCGCGGUUUGCGGUGAAUGAUACACGCGGCACAUUUGUUAUCCGGAACAACGACCUUCCCUGGCGGAAGUGAAUGCAGAAUCGGAAGUGUUCUUCGCGAAAAUGAAGGCUGACAGUAACUACCUUCGAAAGAUAAUUUCCAUAAAAAGAAAAGAAAUGAAAUUAAAAAAGUACAAUUGCAAGUUUCUUAUUUCUGCUAUAAAACUCAGGAAUCUUCCCUUUUUUCAUUUUUAUCUAAAAAUGGAAUUAAAUUUAUCCAUGCCUCGUUUCCACUAAAUUAUGCAGAGAAUAUCGAAACGAAUGCCUUAAGGAGCAGAGUAGAAACUCGAAAUCGAUAACGGUGCAAGGAGUUACGAGAGGCUUAACGAUACAGCAAUUUACUAUUCGCAGAAAUGCGAGGCAAAGUGAUCACGCGAUUUUCGAAGAUCCAGGAAAAACUGUGAUAAAACGUGAGGAGAAAGAGCGUGCUUCCAGGUGAAACUUCCUGAAAGAAGGAAUAAGAAGGCUAAGGAAGAACCGUGUCAUCGAUGGUAUGCAAACGUAAGCAAAAGAAGGACGAAGAGAAAUAAAAAUGCAUCAGCGAUGCAUGAAAUGGAACGACGUGUCGAGGAAACCGGAAAACGAUCAAAUGCUCCAAUGGUACACCUUCUCCAGUGUCACCAGGAAAUAGAUGAAACAUGCUUUUUUUCGAGGCUUUUACAUUUGAAAAAUUUCUACGAGUUUCUGGGGCGCAUUGUGAAAUAUUCAUAAGAUUCGCUCAGCUGCAUUGAUAUUCAAAUUCCUGACACAAACAUCGGUAAACAUUCGAUGAAAUAAAAUCCAUAUAGAUUCUUUUUUAUAUAUUGAACACGAGGAAAGAUGAAGUGUUCGAAAUGGAAUCUAUUUCUUCAAAUUUUGUACUUGGAAUUUUCUGCAGUUUAAACUUCCAAUGGUACACCGAUUGUCAUCGUUAAUUAAUGUGUUAAUUUCGAAGGAUUUAGAAGGGUUUCGCGACGAGAGCACACGAUCCACUUGUAUCAAUGAAAACAGAAAAGAAUGAAAGAAACAGAAAUGAAAUUUUGACUGUAACGAGUGACGAUGCUAGUCGACCCGAUAAUUAUUUCGAGGAACAAGAUGUAGGGAGUAUAAAACGAAAUUUAUACUGUAAGAACACUUUGUAAAUAGAUAAUCGCAGGCUGUAAGUUUCGUAGGAUUUCCUGGCCACCAGAAAAUUUGUUGGCGCUAAUCAGGAGGGUCUAAUCAUUGUUAAUUUUGAUUUUGUGUUUUAUGAAUUUUAUUCUAGAGGAAGUUGAAUAGAAUUUAAUUGAUAGGUAAUUUAAAUAAAUAAAUAGGAAUUUAAUUGUUUCUUGCAUUCUAAACAGAAAUUGCAACCAAAGCUAAGUGCACGAAACAAUGAAAUUCAUUGCAAUCAUUUAAAGUAAUUGUAAAAUCGUUCUGUUGAAUUCCUUGAAUAAUUGAACAUUGUUCGAGUCAUUAAAAAUAAAAUUAAAAAAAUAAACCUAUCAACAUAUCAGAUACGAUUUAAUAAUUGAUUAUCCGAUAGGCGCCAAUGAAUUUUUCAGCUAAAACGGAAAUCUACCAAUAUCUGUCGAAUAUGGUUGUUGUUUUUUAUAUCGACUGUCGUUCAAAAUUCUAUUGUAUACUAUACUUGCCCUUGUUGUGUUUUAUUACCUUUCAAAUAUUUUAUCUCGUGCUUCGAUCGAACGAUAGAUCGUAUAUUUAUGUAUUAUCGAAUACGGUUUAUCCAUAGCGGACAAAUGUAAAAAUGAAAAGGAUCAUGUUUUUACUGUAACGAGAACAAUUAUUGCAUUGUCGUUCGCUGCUUGACAAAUAUUCGUAUAUUUAUGUAGUAGCCUCCGCAAAUCUCGCGCGUGUGUACGUGGGUGUAUGGUGCGUGUAUACUUGUCAUGCGUGCUAAGGGUGCACCAUAUGAAUGUCGACUGUACCCUGGAACGAGUCGUUCCGUCAGACUGAGUGGAUCCUUUUCGAUCGUGAGCAAGAAUUUCUUUUUUUUUUCCAAAUAAAUCAGCUAAUUCCGUUAUGUUUUAA